CAAAGACGCAAACAAUAGAAUAGACCAAAUAAUUGAGGCUCUCCACUAACCUCUCUAAUAAAAAAGAAAAAGCUUAAGGGUAUUUGUACCAUUGCAGCUGAAUGCAGCAGAAAGGAAAAGCUAUCAACCGUAGAUCAAGGUCUUUCUCUCGAUCUCGCCUCGCCAUCGACGGCUAUUAAACUUUCUUGUUAAAACUCUCUUUCUCUCCUCCAACAAAGCUCUCCUGCAAAAUGGCUCAAACCGCUGAUCUUGAGGUACUUUCUCUGCUUCCACCUUAUGAAGGAAAGUCUGUACUACAAAUUGGCGAGGGCAUUGGUCAUCUUACUGCUGAAUUAGCCAAGAAGGCUGCCCAAGUUGUAGCUGUUGAUGUCACUGGUAGUGUGAAAAACGAGAGUGAAAUAAGUGCAAAUCAUCCAAAUGUGAAAUUCAUUUCUGGUGAUGUUACAUCUCCCGGUCUAGACAUUUCACCGGAAUCCUUUGAUCUGAUAUUCUCUAACUCGUUUCUUGUGCAUCUUUCUGAUGACGAGGUUGGAACAAUGGUUCAAAGCAUGGUGAAAUGGUUGAAACCAGAAGGCUUUAUUUUCUUCAUAGAGGCUUGUGCUAAUGACAAUGCAGAUCAGAAGGAAAGCAACUCAGUUCACUGUCGUGAUCCUAAGUUCUACUCGAAGGUCUUCAAAGAAUGUCGCGUGCAAGAUGAAUCUGGGAACUCCUACGAGCUCUCUGUAGUUGGCGGAAAAUGCAACAAAAACAAGAUUUGCUGGAAAUGGCAGAAAAUUGGUUCAGAGAAUGACAAAGGGUUUCAGCAAUUUCUGGAUACUGUCCAAUACAAAGCUAAUGGCAUUUUGCGUUAUGAGCGUGUAUUUGGUCCAGGUUAUGUGAGCACCGGAGGAAUAGAAACAACGAAAGAAUUUGUGGCGAAGCUUGACCUGAAACCUGGCCAGAAGGUUCUAGACGUGGGUUGUGGCAUAGGUGGAGGUAAUUUCUACAUGGCAGAGAACUUUGGCGUUGAGGUCGUUGGAAUUGAUCUCUCCAUCAAUAUGAUCUCCAUUGCUCUUGAGCGUGCUGUUGGACUCAAUUAUGCUGUUGAGUUUGAAGUGGCUGAUUGUACAACGAUAACUUACCCUGAGAACUCUUUCGAUGUGGUCUACAGCCGUGAUACCAUUCUUCAUAUUCAGGAUAAACCGGCAUUAUUCAGAUCAUUUUACAAAUGGCUGAAACCCGGAGGAAAAGUUCUGAUCACAGAUUACUGCAGGAGUGCUGGUACACCAUCCCCUGAAUUCGCAGCAUAUAUUAAGCAGAGGGGAUAUGAUCUCCAUGAUGUGCAGGCAUAUGGCCAGAUGCUUAGAGAUGCUGGAUUUGACAACGUUAUUGCUGAGGAUAGAACAGAUCAGUUCCUUAAAGUUCUGGCGAGGGAAGUGGAUGCAGUCGAGAAGGAAAAGGAAAGAUUCAUAGCGGACUUCUCUGAGGGAGAUUACAAUGACAUAGUUGGUGGUUGGAAAGCGAAGCUGGUGAGGAGUUCAUCGGGUGAGCAAUGUUGGGGCUUGUUCAUUGCUGAGAAAGCACUAAAGAACUGAUCUUUUCCAUUCCUGCUGCUAGAAAGGAAUGGAAAAGCAGUACAGUCAAGGUUUCCUGUUUAAUUAGUUUACUUUCUUGCCAUGAAAUAAAGUGGAAAUUAGAUGAAACCCAAAAUCCUCUUGUAUUAUAUAUGAUCUUAUAUAUAUUACAAGGUUAUCUUCUGCUUCUUCUCCCAUAA